AUGGAUGCUAAGACACGUGCAUUAAAUUUUGUUGAAAAUGCCAAUGUACACAAACUGAAAACGAAAUUAGGCGAAAUGGGCUUAAGUUCACAAGGCAUAAAAAAUGCACUUAAAUCUCGUUUAAACGAUGCUAUCACGUCUUUUGAGACUGACCGUAUUGAGGAAUUUUUUCCUCAUGACGACACUGAGGAAGGUGACGAACACAGUAAUGACGAUAACGAUGAUGAGUUGGAUGAGGAAUCUGCUAGUGUUACUUUGCGCCUUGAGAAACUGCGUGAAAUUCUUAAAAAGAAACAGGAGAUUUCUGACCUGGAGCGACGCAUAUCUGAGCUCAACGGUUCUGCACGUGAUGCGCGUCCUAGUAGUAUGUAUUCAGCACGUGACAUCGAGGACUCGCUUCCAACAUUUUGUGGCGACGAUGACUAUCCUAUCAAAAAAUGGGUCGAGGUUGUCGAUGACGCAAUUAUUACUUACCGCUUUACUGAAUCAGAAUCGUUUAUUUAUCCAAAAAGACUAUUGAAAGGCACGGCAAAAUUGUUCCUAAGGUCAAGGUCUUUCAAGUCAUGGGGCGAGCUCAAAGGUGCUUUGCUUAGAGAGUUUCAUAAUCAUACGACAGCAACAGACGUCCACAAUGCGUUGCGCAAUCGCAAAAAACGACGGGACGAAAAUUUUUUGCAAUAUGUCCUUGCUAUGCAAGAAAUUGCGUCGUCAGCGGAGAUUGACGAGCAGGAUGUGAUAACGUACAUCAUAAAAGGUAUUCCCGAUUCGCUGUUCAACAAGCAGUUAAUGCUAACCGCCAACACCGUUGCUGAGCUUAAAGUUAUCCUCAGAAAGUAUGAGAAAAUGAGGGCCGAAUCGCAACCAACAACUUCGGGUUACACCAGCAAACCCUUUCAGCAAGCUAAACCUUUGUUAAGAAUUGAGUCUAAGGUAAAAUGCUACAAUUGUAACGAAGUUGGCCAUAUUUCAACAAAGUGCCCAAAGCCAAAAAGGGAGAGAGGUUCGUGUUUUCGUUGCGGAAAAAAGGGACACGUUAUCAGUGAGUGCUCCGAAAAAGCUUCGGUCCUGGUUGUUCAAAAUAAGGAUCCAUUAAAAGAAUCUACGAUCUCCACUUUGUUAGCCGAUUUUAAAGGAGUUCUCGAGUUUGAGUUAAAAUGUUCUGAAGCUGGAUCUAUCCAAGUCAACAUGCAUCUACCAACUAUAAUUGACACAGGCAGCCCGAUCAGUUUUAUCCAGCAGCAGUUUGUUCCACCUUGCAUGAUGACAGCCAUAGAUGUAUGUACGCAUAAUUUUGUUGGGAUCAACAACUCAAAGAUGAAUGUAUUAGAUUAUGAUAAUGACGAUGAUUUUAAUUUCGAAAUUUUAAAAAUUGAUACAUGCGAUACGCGCGAUGAAAAGACUUGUUUAAAUAUAAAUGAAAAUUUGAGCUAUGAGGAAAAACUUAAGUUAGAAAAAAUUGUUUUUGAAAGUAUUAAAGAUAAUCAAAAUUAUGCGGAUGAUUACGAGAUGAAAAUUGUUUUGACAGACUCUAACAGUCCUUUUAGUUGCGCACCUAGGCGUUUACCAUACGUUCAUAAAAUUGAAUUACAAAAGGUUUUAGACAAUUUGCUAAAAGAAAACAUCAUUCGAGAAAGUAAUUCUCCAUAUGCAUCCCCGAUUGUCUUGACUCGUAAGAAAAAUGGUGAAAUGCGUUUAUGCGUAGAUUAUCGCCAGCUAAAUAAGGUAACAGUCAAGGAUAAUUUCCCGUUGCCCUUGAUAGAAGAUCAUCUCGAUAGACUUCGGGAUAAGAGGUAUUUUACGCUCCUAGACCUUAAGAGUGGUUUUCACCAUGUAAAAAUGAAUGAAAACUCAGUCAAAUUCACCUCUUUUGUAACGCCUCUUGGGCAGUUUGAAUAUCUGCGUAUGCCAUUUGGGCUAAAAAACGCCCCAUCAGUUUUCCAACGCUAUAUAAAUAACAUUUUUAAAGAACUUAUUAAUUCUGGAAAACUUUUAAUCUACAUAGAUGACCUAUUAGUGGCAACUGAAACAAAAGAAGAUCAUUUUUCGGUUUUGAAAGAAGUUUUAGAUGUUGUUUCCGAGCAUAGCCUACAAUUACGCCUUGAUAAGUGUGUUUUCAUGCAUGAACAAAUUAAGUAUUUGGGAUACGAAGUGUCUGCAAAUGGAAUAGGUCCUAACGUUGAUGGCUUAAAAGCUGUAGCAGAUUUCCCACUUCCUACGAAUCCUAAAAAACUGCAUUCUUUUUUAGGCUUGUGCUCCUAUUUUAGGAAAUUUAUUAGGGAUUUUUCCCUACUUGCAAAACCGCUUUUAAGAAAAGAUACACAGUUUGUUUUAGGCGAAGAACAAAUUAAAAGCUUCAACACGUUAAAAGAAAAACUAUUGCAUGCUCCACUUCUUAGCAUAUAUAACCCUUAUGCAGACACAGAACUCCACUGUGAUGCUAGCAGUUUGGGCUUUGGAGCUGUGUUGCUGCAACGUCAACAAGAUAAGAAACUUCAUCCCAUCUUUUUCUUUUCUAAACGUUCAACUGAUCCUGAAUCUAGAUAUCAUUCGUAUGAGUUAGAGACCCUUGCGAUUAUUUAUGCGCUGAGAAGGUUUCGCAUCUAUCUAACAGGUAUUCGCUUCAAGAUCGUUACCGAUUGCAGGUCACUUACUCAAACUUUAAACAAAAAGAUUUUAAACCCUAGAAUCUCGCGCUGGGCAUUAGAGCUUCAGGAUUAUGACUAUGUCAUUGAACAUAGAGAUAGUAAAAGGAUGAACCACGUCGACGCUCUUAGCAGGUGUCAAAAUAUUUUGAUAGUUGAACCUGACACGUUCGAGCACGCACUUGCUGCAGCCCAGCAAAACGAUCCCAUCAUUAAAAGGUUGGUUGAGAUGUUAGAAAAACGUGACAGUUCCGGCUAUGAGCUUAUAAAUGGGUUACUUUAUCUUGACGGCUUUUCGAAAUAUGUAAAACUGUAUGCCGUUAAAAGUACGACCACCAAGGAAGUGAUGCAAUGCCUAGAAUCCUAUUUCUCUUUUUAUAGUAAGCCAACACGGAUAGUUUCUGAUAGGGGGAGUUGCUUCACCUCGGAAGAUUUUGCUAGUUUUUGCGAAAAAUACGACAUUAAGCAUGUCAAAAUUGCAACAAGUUCACCUCAGUCCAACGGUCAAGUUGAACGAAUUAAUAGGUGUCUUACUCCCAUGCUAUCAAAAGAGUGUGAAAUUGAUUCAGGAAUUUGGGUAAAAUCCUUGCAAAAAGUUGAGUUUGCGCUUAAUAACACUGAAAACAAAAGUACAGCUAAGAGUCCCAGUAUGUUGCUUUUUGGAGUUGCUCAAAAAGGCAUUAUUAGUGACAAUGUUAAGGAAUUCUUAGAUGAAAAUAUAAUUGAACAUGCACCUAGAGACUUAGAGCAAAUUAGAAAGGAAGCAACUGUCAAAACUGUAGAAAGUCAAAAUCAAAACAAAAUUUAUUUCGAUAAACGCCAUAAAAAACCGCAUCAAUACAAGAUUGGUGAUUUUGUUCUUAUUAAAAAUGUAGUAAAUACACCCGGCUUAAACAAGAAAUUUCUGGCUAAGUACAAAGGGCCAUUUGAAAUUAUUAAGAUUUUGCCAAAUGAUCGUUACAUAAUUAAAGACCUAGAAAAUUUACAAAUAUCCCGAAUUCCUUAUGAAGGAGUUUGCUGUCCUGAGAACAUGAAACCAUAUAUUCAUAAAUAA